CCCAAAUCGAUUCUAUGUUUCGUAUGUACUCUCUUCUGUACAGCACACUCAACACAGUACUUUCACAUUUUUUCCACCCCUCAGUGUUUGUGUUCGAUUUUAUACGAUGCGUUGGCAACAAGAGGAAAACUUUUUAGUGAAAAAAUUAAAAUUAUCUCCAAACAGUUAGAAAAUGUUGUGCCAGUGAAGUGAAUUGUAUCGAAAAUCGAAAUAGUUACGUGAAAACAAGAAUAUCGCGCGAUAUCGGGGGUGGCUCGAACCGGAACUCGAGGAAAAACCAAAAUCGGGUACAAACAGGGAGACAAUGCAAACACUGCAUUGUUUUUCGUCGGGCAUAGAUCAAACGAAGCAACGUAGUAAAAAAUGCAGCUACAGUCUGGAUACUUGAUUACAUCUGUACUCUCCGCUUUUCCAUUUCUAGUAGUCGCCCGAUUGUGUGAUGGAGGCCAUCGAUGCUCACCGCCAAAGGAAUGUUGCCCGCAGGGUUGCUGUUAUUUGUACGCACCGCCAAGCGCUCCCAGAUCGCUUCCACCAGCUACAGAUCAUGUGCUCAAUCUGUUCUUCAUAAAUCAUUGGUAUUUUUGGUGCUUAGUCGUUGCAAUCAUUUUAGCCAUCUUAUGCGCAUGUUCUUUAUGGAAGAAACGUCGCCAGCUCUGCGGUUGGGGCUUAUCAGAUCGCCAUACACAAUCAGAGGGUGAUUCGGCUGGAUCAUGUUAUGCUCCACCCCAAUAUAGUCGCUGUAGCUCAUUUCAUCAUCCGCCGCCCCCCUACACGGAGGUUACUUCAAAGCCGGACUUAUAUCCGCUGGUAUUCACCUGUAACGGCGAUAACGGAAAGAAUGGUGCUAGCUACCUAAUGGUCCAAUACUUUAGAAACUAUAUCGUUCGACCGGCUGGAUCGUUGUCGGCAACCAGCACAGUAGAUUCGCUUAGCUCAAGUUUUAUAUGUAACGCUAAUGAAGCCAACACCCUGGUUCCGCCACCCUAUUCGCGGGCCGCCAGCCCUGAUGCAGUUGGUAUCACCACGCAUUUUCAACAUUUCAUGAUGCCACGUUCCGCUUCUCAGUUGGUUUGUUCGCAGCAGCAACUGCAUGGUCAGGACAUGAUACAACAGCAGAUUCUGCAGAGUAGACAGAACGCAUCGAAUAUGACAAAUAAUAGUAACAUAAACAAUAGUAACAGUAGUAGUCAUUAUUAUUUUCCCAACAGUACGCAGCUCAGGACCUCGGAGAGUGUAAAUUUCCAAAAUAUUCGGUUUUCAGGUAGUGGGAGUGGCCUAGGAAACGAAGGGGCGAACCGUACGAAUGCAGUUAUUAUCGGAUCGCAGAGCGAUCAGCAGUUUAGAUAUAUUGCGAACAGUAAUAGUAAUUUAAGUGAUAUAUUUGUUAAUAGCGGUAGUUGUAAUAAUAAUAGUAGCGUAAAUAACAAUAAUAAUAAUGCCCGAAUGAGCGGUACUGACGCAGCGUGUCAAGCUCAGGCACAAAUCAACAAUAACCUGAAUUAUAACAAUAAAUCUAGCACAAAUCAGUUCGCAGCAACCAAUAACUUGUCAACUAACCCCGUUGCAAACAAUAGUACCAAUAGCAACAACAACCCUAUCUACAACUCCUGCAGCUCAAUUGGCGGCAUUUCAAUUACAGUUCCUGUUGCGCCGGACGCGAAUGCUGAGUACCGUGACUUGCACGCCCUCAGGCGAAGUCUAGAGACAUGUUGUCAAAUUCUGCAGCAACAUCAGAUGCCUUCGGAUAGUUUCAAUAGUGCCGACUCGCCCGUCAAUGUUGAGCUUGGGAAAAAAUUCGAGACGGGGAUGCGUAGCUACGUUACUUCAACAACCUGCUCAGCAGUGAGUAGCUUAGCAAACAUCGGUUCACCCUCAUCACCCCCGCAAGCCACUAGCCCGACUGGGGAAGUUAAGGAGCUGCUCGAACAAAUUCGUCAAUUGAAACCUGAAAGUAGUAUCGACUCAACAGCAUCUGAUCCUCCUCCCGAGACACUACACACUGUGUCAACUAUUCCCGAGGAUCCACCCCGCCAACCGCAUCCACUUCAGAAAAGUUCUGCCCAUGGUGGACUACCGAAAAAUCCUCUGACAUCGGCUUUAUCAAGGCGUCCGUCAACUCUACAAAGCAGGAAGAAGUUCUUUUCGUCAGGCUCAUCUUCGUCCUCGUCGGCAGGAAAGCCAAAUAAAGCAAUGUACAUUCCUAUUAAUAACUAUAGUGUAAGGACGACUCUUCGCAGCCCUGUUGGUGCAGCUACGAACAUUCUAACUAGAGGACGUGGCAGACGAGGGUGGAUUUCUCGAUCAGCUCCAACUACUCCGGGCACUACUCUGCCACCCAGUCGAUUGGGGGAUGACAGUCCGCUGCUGCUGAACGAACACGACGAGGAUAAUGAACAAAACCAGUGAUUUUAAGUUUUUCUACUACUACUACUAUUGCAACUUAACAAACAUUACCUAAUCGCUAGAGGUGUGUUUUUUUAUUAAGUUAAAGGAAAUCAGUGUUUCUGCUAAAAAUUCGAAAUUGACCAUUUGUGAGACACAAGGAACAUAGACGUUAGUUUCGAAAUGUCGUUAAGUAGAUAUUUUAAGGUCGUAAUUUUUAUGUAAUACAAAUUUAAUCAGAGGCAGUGGAUUGUCGUUGAUACCAAUAGGACCUUGUUCUGGUCAAAAUCAAGUUAUCGGAAUUUAUUUGAAUAUUGACAGUGAAUAUUACAUUUGAACUUAGCGUUCACACUUCUGUUUCUGUACAAGAUUGUCAAAAGGACAUUGCAGAAAAAUCAGCAAGAUUUUGGGUGUUAAUUUUGAG